AUGGGUAGGCCUAGGAGGGAUAAUGAUUUAGGAAACAUAAAGAUUAAAAUCCCAUCUUUUCAAGGUAAAAAUGAUCCUGAAGUUUAUUUGGAGUGGGAAACUAAAAUGGAGAUGGUGUUUGAUUGUCACAACUAUUCGGAGAUAAAGAAGGUUAAGUUGGCUGCAAUUGAAUUUACUGAUUAUGCCAUUGUUUGGUGGGAUCAAUUAUUGAUUAAUAAGAGAAGGAAUAGAGAACCACCAUUGGACACUUGGGAGGAGAUGAAAAUGCUUAUGAGGAGGUGUUUUGUACCCAAUCACUAUUAUAGGGGAUUGUAUCAAAAGUUGCAGAGGUUAACUCAAGGUUCCAAGAGUGUGGAUGAGUAUUACGAGGAGAUGGAGGUAGCUAUGAUCCGAGCUAAUGUAGAAGAGGACCGGGAAGCCACCAUGGCUAGGUUCUUGCACUGUUUAAAUCGUGAGAUUGCGGAUAUAGUUGAGAUGCAGCACUAUGUUGAGUUGAUGGAUAUGGUGCACCAAGCCAUAAAGGUGGAGGAACAAUUCAAACGAAAGGGAUUGGCUAGGUGGGGACAACCUAUGGCUACCACCAGUCCAUGGAAGAUAGCUCCAAAAAGGGACGAGCAGCUACAAAAUAAGCCAAAAUUUGAACCAUCUAAGAGUGCUGACUCAAAGACCACUUUAGGAGAGCUUGAGUCGGAGAAUGAGGAAGAAGUAGAUGAUGAUGACAUGCCAUCUUUGGAGGAUGCCGAUGAUGAGAAAAAUGUUGUGGUUGGAGAUUUAUUAGUAGCAAGUGUUAUUAUCGAUGGAGGGAGUUGCACAAACGUAGCCAGCACUUAUUUGGUGGAAAAAUUGGCCUUAACUACCUUGAAACAUCCUCAACCUUACCGGCUUCAGUGGCUGAAUGAAUGUGGCGAAAUCAAGGUGAGAAGACAAGUGUUGGUGGCAUUAUCCAUUGGCAAAUAUGAGGAUGAGGUGCUAUGUGAUGUGAUUCCCAUGCAUGCGUGCCAUGUAUUGUUGGGAAGACCAUGGCAGUAUGAUCGGAAGGUUACGCAUGAUGGAUUCACAAAUAAGUAUUCUUUCAUUCUUAAAGGGCAACCUAUUACUCUUGUGCCAUUAACUCCUAAACAGGACGAUCCAGUCUAG